AUGAAUACCCUUAGAACCGCGCCGAUCGCGAGGGUUGUCAAGCCCCAGCUACUGAGGCAGGCUUCUCGCCUUGGGUUCGCCAGCAAAGCUGCACCGGCCGAUCUGCUUCGCAAGAAGGUGGACGGCAAGAAUGUCAUUGUCACGGGCUCGGCCAGGGGCAUCGGAAAGUCAAUUGCCCUUCGUCUUGCCUCCGAUGGGUACAAUGUCUGUAUCAACGACAUUCCCGCUCUCGAAAAAGGGUGCGACGAAGUCGUGAAAGAGAUCAAGUCAAUGGGCAGGAACGCGUGCACUGCUGUUGGCGAUGUGACUAACAGAGGGGAGGUGAAAGACAUGAUUCAGAAGAGCGUCAAGGAGCUAGGUCCACUUCAUACAAUGAUCGCCAAUGCUGGCAUAGCCCAGGUCAAGGCCUUGCUGGACCUGACCGAUGAGGACUUUUCGCGGAUGUUCGCUGUCAACGUCAUCGGAGUCCAUCACUGCUAUUCCGAAGCAGCCAAGCAGAUGAUUGCGCAGGGGACAUGCAAACCCGACUCACCCGGCAAAAUCAUCGGAGCGUCCUCCAUCGUCGGCUUCAAGCCUUUCGCCUUGCUUUCGCACUACAGCGCAUCAAAGUGGGCGGUCCGGGGACUCACGCAGGCUUAUGCAAUGGAGCUAGCGGAGCACAACAUAACUGUCAACGCGUACGCGCCUGGCAUCGUGGGGACAGGCAUGUGGGAGCUCAUUGACGAGGGAUUGGCCAAGAAAAGCGGCAGAGACGUCAAAAAGGGGGCUAUGAUGGACAAGUUUGUUUCAGAUCUAACGGCGCUGGGGAGGGUCAGCGUGCCAGGGGACGUUGCGAAGCUGGUGAGCUUCCUGUGCAGCAGCGAUAGUGAUUUUGUCACGGGCCAGACACAGGUUGUUGACGGGGGAAUUAUUUACACAUAA